AGUUGGAGGCUCGCCUAGUUCUCCGGUAAAGAGCGAACCUGGCCAGCACAGAGUAAGUGGUGGCAGCUGCUUUCAGGCAGCAGGGGCCCGGCUGUGUGAGGAAGGAGGAGAGAGAAUGAAUGAGUGGAUGCCCAUCGCCAAAGAGUAUGAUCCUCUCAAGGCUGGGAGCAUCGAUGGUACCGAUGAAGAGCCUCAUGACCGGGCCGUCUGGAGGGCGAUGCUGGCGCGCUACGUGCCCAACAAAGGGGUGUCUGGAGACCCCCACCUCACCCUCUUUGUGGGCAGGCUGAGCCUGCAGACGACAGAAGAGAAGCUGAAAGAGGUCUUCAGCAGAUAUGGCGACAUCAGGAAGCUGCGGCUGGUCCGGGAUGUGGUCACAGGCUUUUCAAAGCACUAUGCUUUUAUCGAGUACAGAGAGGAACGGUCUCUGUUAAAAGCCUACAGGGAUGCCAACGGACUGGUUAUUGAUCAGCAUGAGAUCUUUGUCGACUACGAGCUGGAAAGAAUCCUGAAAGGGUGGAUCCCUCGCAGACUCGGAGGAGGAUUUGGUGGAAAAAAAGAAUCUGGACAACUGAGAUUUGGUGGACGGGACCGGCCUUUUAGAAAACCCAUUAACUUGCCAGUUUUCAAAAGUGACUUCUAUGGAGAGGGCCAGAGGGAAAGGAGGGAGUGGUCCCGAGACAGGACCUGGGACUGGAGGACCAGAGACCAUGACAGGAGCAGAGAGAAGAGGCGGCAGGAAAGGGAGGCCAGCAGGGCCUGGGACGAUAAUGAGAGGGAGCGAGAGAGGGACUUCCGAGAGGAGAGGGGCAGGGGCCGAGAGAGAAAAGACCGGGAGAGAAGAGACCGAAGCAAGGAAAGAGACUCUAGAAAGCAGAGAGAGGAUGACAAACACAAGUAGAGACACUUUUUAACUCUUGGCAUCUCUGUGCGGGCAGAGCAGGUGGGCUUGGCGGUUGGUGAGUGCCCAGUGCCCAGGUGCACGUUGUCUCUUCCUCUUUUCUACCAGGCUCAGCCCUCACCUCCAUGGAGUCUUCCCUUAUGUGCCCAGCUAAGAGGGGGCUUGCUCGCCUCAGAUUUCCUAGGGCUCUCCCCUGAGCUCUCCAUUGCCAUGUUCCUGGUCUAACCUGUGUUAUCUUUAUUAGGGGACACACCAUUGUAGUCUUUGGCCCACCCAUGUCCAAACUUCUCAUCUUUGUAUCACUAGAACCCUGCACACAGUCAGCUGAUGAAUAAAGAUUUGUUUCAAAUCA